UAAAGACAGGGUUUCGCCUGGUGCCGCGUCACCGAAAGUAGCGAACCCCAUUCAAUCGUACGGGGUUUGGGCUCCGCAGCCUCCGGAGCUCCCUCGUUAAGUUAAUUCUCUCAACGAUAGCGAGAGAGGCAUUGAUGAAGCUUUUUUUUUCUCUUGAGUGCUCUUCGGAUAGCACGGGCAGUCUGUCUGAGUGUUUUCCUCGGAAGGGUGGCUUAGAUUCCAUGGUAUGACCUCAAUUCGACGGGAAUAUAAUUACCCCAAGGUCAGACUCACUCAGACAUGGCACGUAGAUAAUAACGCUUCCCUCUCUCUCUCUCUCUCUCUCUUCCUUGUUCUUUCUCUCACAUUCUUGCCGCCCCCAUCUGUGUACUCCUCUGUCUCGAUCUGCUAUGACUGCAUCAUCACCACCACCACCACCACCACCACCACCACCACCAAGAUCUUUUUAGUGCAGUGUCUUUCUCGAGCGGUACAAGAAACCCUGUCUGGGACAGCUGUCGCCGUUUUAGGUCACCUCAGUUCCUGUUCCUUGUCAGACCCCAAGUUGAUUUGCUCGUUACCUUGGUUGUUCCUGUUGCAUACCUCGACUCAAUCUCAGGCGACACAGAAACAGAAACGAAGAAGCGAGAGAUCGGACCAGACCAGACCAGGGUUGCCAGGGCCUCAAAUUCUCAUCACCGCUGGUGUCUUCGUGUCAGAGGCUACAGGUGCACUAGCCACAAGCGAAUCCCUUGAAUCUGAUGUUUCGGAUUUCCAUGUUUUAGCACAAUUGCAAAAGGUACGUAUUUUUAUGUUUCUCGUCUGAAUAUUCGUAUCCAAUGCAAUUGGUGGUUUUGCUUUCUCAUCUUAUGCCUUGAUCUUCAGUUACGCGCCCUGUUUUUGUGUCUUUUACUUGAUUCAUCAAUAGUCUUGAUCUUGAAUCAUGUACUCAGUCCCAAGUGGGAUGAAAGCGGAUAGUAUCAAUCUCAGACAAUCUUGCAUCGAUACUGCACCUGCCACAAUGCCGAUCACCUGUCAGAAAAGCAGGAUAUUGGGUGUUGAUUGUUUUUCUUCAUCGUCUCUUUGCUGCAAAUCGCCCUCUGCCAUCACCGCUAGUUCUUCUGCCUGGUGAUAUGAGCAUUCCUCACAGCCAUUCACAAGAUGUUCUGCUCUGCACAAUACGACGCCAACAAUACAAAUCAACAGCCCCUGCUUCUUGAGUCCCCAUCCCCAGUCCCGUAAUCCUCUGCCCUGUUUCUCCACCCGCUUCCUGUUCCUUGUCCACGUCCUUGCGCAUCAGCAUCAUCCCCACUGCCUGCGGCCAACCGCCCGCGAGAACAAGGCGUGACCCUUCCUAAUCCUGGUCCCUUGACGCCUCUAGGCGCAGAGUCUAGUGCCCAAAUCUGGGCGGGAUGCAAGCCUGGGUAGGGACAUCGACAACUUCAGGAUCCAAUGCCAGCGCAUGAAUUUAUUCACUUGGGGAAUUGAUGAGCACUGCCGUUUUAUUGUCCUGUGCUUUUUCUUUCUUUUUUCUGAUGCCGGGCCAGACCAGACCGGACCAUACAGACCCAUCUCAUCACCGCUGCUGCAACACUGCAACACACCGUCUCGUUUUUAUUUACUCGUGCUCAUCUUUAGUUGGCCCCCCCUUGUAUUCCAUUCUAAUCCAUCACCCUCGUCUCAUCUCCAAUAUAACGCCCUGGAUCUAUUAGACCUGGGUAUGGUCCCGCUCACAUGUUCACAUUCACAUUCACAUUCAAAUUCAAGCUAUUGUCUUGUUCUUGGCUUAUAACCAGCCCUGUCCCUCCCUUACGCGCGUGCUAGACUCACAAAUUGCUAUUCUGCGUGUGUCUACGUCUUACACUGCUCUGCUCUUUGUUUUGAAAGCAUCUGAGCGCAUACCUCCACUUCCUGCGCCUACAUCAUCCUUUUACACCCACUACUUUUUUUAUACGUUGCAUUCCUAAUUCUCGCUCCUUGGCUGGUACCACCCGCAUUUUCUCUUGGCUUUAUUGGCCUCGUCAUCGUUGAAAUCAUUUCAGUGCAGUACACGAGAGUACAGUUGUUAACCGCCAUGACAACAACAGCUUCAGUCCCUGAAUCACCACAGCGUCGAUCCGCUUGGGUUCCUUCUCACGAAAACAUCUACUAUCGACCUCGUCUCAACAAGAAGAAGCCUGUAUCGGCUGGUCGAUUUCCCGCGCCGUUAAUCGGUCCCCGAAGAUCUCGCCCCCAAGCAAUUCACAUCGUUAGCUAUCCUUCGGGAUACGUUCCACGAGAACUACGAGCAGAGAGUAGACCUCAAACACCCGAAUUGCUUGUCGAGCCUCGACGCGCACCUUCGUUGCAGCCGACUGCUACUAACACGUCUAACGCGAGUAACAGCACCAGCGAUUACUUCAGCAACGGUGUAAGCAGUAGCCGGAGAAAGAAAAGCUUCAAACCUCGCGCCGCCGUGCGCCGCAGAGAUAAGCUCCUCAACUCAUUUACCUUUACGAACCCUGACUCUGGCUCUGAACCUUCAUCGGCAUCAAACUCAGUAUCUGCAGGCAUUGAUACUUCGGGUCUCGCAGCAGCCGAAGCGCUAUCGACAAGUACAGGUAUUGACCGCUCAACUGGGCAAAGUGUGAGCGCUAUUUCAAGUACAGCAAGACCAAGUACAAGGACCUCGAAUACAGGCCACUCAAUUGGUCAGUCGUGCCAAUUGGACCUGGACCUUCCCGGCGAGUCUGCGAUUGGGUCGAGAUUUACUGGGGCAGGUGCAUCCCCGCCAGCAUAUGACGACAUAAGCUCACGCCCCGGUUCCGCGGCACCUGUUGGUAUUGACUUAGUCUCUGCAUCCACUGUAGCGCCUGUUACCAACAACUCCAAUUCUGCCAAUUGCAACUCCAGCACCAGCAGCAAUAACCAGACACAAUCAGCCGCCGCUGCAACAAUGGCGACUGCACGAUCUUCGCAUCCGUCGUUGGCGUCGACCAACCCCAAUCGCAACAGCUUCAUGUCGGCUCGUUCAUCAAAAUCUGCCGUCACUUCAGUCUCUGAGUUGCCGAAACCCGUCGCUUCCGGCAGUGGCGUGUCAUGCUCAAUUCUUCUCGCUGAGCCAAACAUUUUUCUCUCAGGUUUUGAUCAUGAUGGCCACGGUCACCGCGAAGGCCAGAGCGGUACCGCUCUAUUGAGAGGCAAACUUCAAUUGCGAGUCACAAAAAAUGUCAAGAUCAAAGCCGUUCAACUCAAACUUCUUGGCCGUGCUCGCACUGAGUGGCCUGAAGGCAUCCCUCCCCUCAAACAAGAUGUGUUCGAAGAGGAGAGCCUGCGCACUCAAGUACUUACAUUUUUCAAUGCCAUGAAUGACGGCUGGGAGUCCGACUAUGGCAAUCAAUGCACUUAUCGCCUCAAGAGCAGUUCUCCUAAUGGCAGCUCUACAAACCUCGUCCGCCCCAACCCAUCAUCAUCUCUGACCCCGCAUCAAAAUAACCUUUCUGCCAAAGAAAUCAAACGCUUAUCUUUGCAAAGCGUCCAAUCGCGAAGUUUCCAAAAGGGUGACAGUCCUGUUGCCACUCCUACACAAGCCAAGGGAUACAAGGUCUUCUACCCCGGUACUUAUGACUAUACUUUUGAACUACCCAUCGACCACCACCAGCUAGAAACAACCAAGCUGCAGUAUGGAUCUGUUAAGUGGGAAUUGCAUGCCACAGUCGACCGAGCUGGAGCUUUCAAGCCUAAUCUCCAUGGCACCAAGGAAGUGUCUAUUGUUCGCGUGCCUGAUCAACUCUCCCUUGAGAUGACAGAACCCAUUUCGAUUAGUCGCCAGUGGGAAGACCAGCUGCACUAUGAUAUUGUUAUCUCGGGCAAGAGCUUCCCUAUUGGUAGCAAGAUCCCCAUUGCAUUUAAACUUACACCACUUGCCAAGGUUCAGGUACAUAAGCUCAAGGUUUAUGUAACGGAAUCGAUUGAGUACUGGACCAACGAUAAGCGAGUAACACGUAAAGACCCAGGCCGCAAGAUCUUGCUACUCGAAAAGUCUGCUGGAAAGCCUCUCGAUUCGUCCUACGCCUCAUCUGAAAUCCGAACUCUCCGCGGCGGCGAACUCGACCCUGAGCAGCGACGGGAGGCUCGUGAAGCAGCGGCUCGAAGACGCGCACAAGAUGCUGCCCGAAGACAGACCACGGCCGAGCCCCUUCCUGAGCCUUCGGCCAACCUCCUGGGCGACCUGGAUCUGGGACUCGAGACCAUCUGGGGUUCAACAGAAAUCGAAGCCAAUGUGCAGAUUCCUACAUGUGAGAUGAUGGCCAAGAACAAGGAGCUACGACUCAACCCUGACUGCAGCUGGAAGAAUGUCAAUGUCUUCCAUUGGAUCAAGGUUGUUAUGCGAAUCAGCCGUAUUGAUCCUGAGGAUCCCAGUGGCACAAAGCGCCGACACUUCGAGAUCAGCAUUGAUUCGCCAUUCACUGUUCUCAACUGCCGUGCCACUCACGCCAACACUAAUCUUCCUGCUUAUUCAGGCGCCAACUGCAACGGCACCACUUAUCAGUCUACUUGUGGAUGCCCCGAUGCUUUCACCGUUCCCACCGAUGCUUCGCCUAGUUCUUCAGAAGGCUCAUUACCCGGUGUUAACCCUAACGCUGAGAACCUUCCGGCGCCACCACAGGCUGCCCAUUUGGCAGAUGGCGUUAGUGGACAACAAGAGCCCCGCCCGAUCCAUCUGCUCAGAGUUCCAAGCUUCAACCCUCCCGCCUUCGAAGACGAUAUCGCGCCACCUCCUGCUGCCGAGCUUGUCACAGAUAUACCUGAGCCUGUGAUGACUCCUCCACCACAGUACGAUGUUGUGGUCGGAACCCCCAGUGUCGACGGUUUGGCGGAUUACUUUGCACGAUUGGCCGAUGCAGGCUUUGAGGGACAUGAGGAUUCAGAGUCGGAUCCUGAUGAUUCUCCACCUAGAAUCCUGGACCGAACUGGGCGUGUCAAUGUCGCCAACCCCCGAACCCCUGGAGGCCGAAGGAUGCCAAGUCGAAGUCUGGAAAUUUCCCGACCCACCAUUCAACUCGAUAUGAAUGCUCUCCGCGCCCGAGCUGGGCGGGCAGUGUGAAGAGCACUGGCCGUCUGUGUUUGGAUAUGAUAGGAGAGAGAUAUUCUAUAAAGACAUACUCAGCUUGAGCUUGCCAAGAGUACAUAUUGGCGUCUACGCUAUUUACGACAUUUACGUGUUUUUAUUUGUUUGUGUUUUGUCUAAAGGUUGUAACAAUCAAGCAUAUGGGUUGCAUUUGGCAUGGCUGGAAUGGAUAAGGACUUGAUGGCGUUACAUCUUGCUGCACGUUUCAAGGGCCAGGCGUUCACAAAGAGGAAAAGGAUGUUAUGCAAGCCAGCUAUUCAGGAUUCAUUUAAGCGAAGGAAGGGAGGAUAUACCUUGGGUUUUUGGUUAGGACAUAUGCGCUGGAUGAACGCAUAACCACGUAUCGAUACCACAUCGUUUCCUUGACACUAUCAAUAUAUUUAGCCCGAUAUGGUUUUUUGUGCUACCAUUUGGUCCGUUCCAUGUUAGAUAAGCGAGUUGAAUACGCACCUUGUUUGGAUAUAAAUAGACAGUUAUUGAAGGAUGUUAUGAAGAUCGUUUAAGGAUCGAGCCGUGACGUUCAG